AUGGAGCAUUAUCUUAAAGAGCUAACUGCAUAUGUGAAUGCGAGCCCUGCACCACCAGGAGCCACCAGUAUGGCUGUUGAAUCGUUCAAUGCGACACCUGAAGUAACACGAAAAAUGAAGAUGCUUAAUGCAGAGGCCGACAAAAGCUUGAUUUCAUGCCCUGCCUGGCGCCGUCUUCAGCAGUUGUACGAACGUCACGGCAAUGAGAGCAUUCUGAAGCAUUUUGAAAACGACAAGGAUCGAUUCCGGAGAUACUCACUUGAAGUGAAUUUGAAGAGUUCGGAUGGGAAUUUCCUCUUUUUGGAUUACUCUAAGUCUCACAUCAACGACGAAGUAAAAGAUGCACUAUUCGAGCUAGUUGAGGAGCGUGGCGUUCGUGCGUACAUGCGAGCGCUUUUCAACGGAGAGAAAGUGAACACAACUGAAAAUCGCGCUGUGCUUCACAUUGCCUUGCGCAAUCGAAGCAAUCGUCCCAUAAUGGUGGAUGGCCAUGACGUGAUGCCUAUGGUAAACCAGGUCCUUGAACAGAUGAGAAUCUUCUCUGAGAAUGUGAGGAACGGUGUGUGGAAAGGCCAAAGUGGAAAGGCGAUUCGCCAUGUUGUGAACAUCGGCAUCGGUGGAAGCGACCUGGGUCCCAUGAUGGCCACUGAGGCGUUGAAACCCUUCUCCAAAAGGAAUAUUUCCAUGCACUUCGUCUCUAACGUGGACGCAACACACCUGGCUGAGGUGCUAAAAACUGUUGAUCUUGAGGCGACACUUUUCAUCGUUGCAAGCAAGACGUUCACUACACAAGAGACAAUUACCAACGCUGUAUCUGCAAAGAACGCACUGCUCACAUUCUUGAAGUCUCGAGGGAUAAGUGAGAAUGGUGCUGUUGCCAAACAUUUUGUUGCACUUUCAACGAAUACAAAGAAGGUGAUGGAAUUCGGCAUUGAUGCAGCGAACAUGUUCCAGUUCUGGGACUGGGUUGGAGGUCGGUAUUCGUUGUGGUCUGCUAUUGGCUUGUCCUUGAUGAUCUCGAUCGGAUACGAUAAUUUUGUGGAGUUACUGACUGGUGCACACAUAAUUGAUGAACACUUCAUAAAUGCGCCAACAGAUCAAAACAUUCCCAUAAUUCUUGCCUUGGUUGGCGUUUGGUACAACAAUUUCUUUGGAGCAGAGACUCAGGCUAUCUUGCCAUACGACCAGUACUUAUGGAGACUCCCUGCAUACCUUCAGCAACUUGACAUGGAGAGCAAUGGGAAGGGUGCCACCAAGAGUGGACACGUGGUAUCAACACAGACUGGCCCUAUUAUUUUUGGAGAGGCCGGCACCAAUGGCCAACACGCCUUCUAUCAACUCAUUCACCAAGGAACAAAGCUGAUUCCCUGUGAUUUCAUUGGAGCAGUCCACAGCCAAAAUCGCAUUGGUAACCACCACCGAAUCCUGAUGAGCAACUAUUUUGCUCAGACCGAAGCAUUGAUGGUUGGUAAAGGCACUGAUGAGGUACGACGGGAACUCCAGGGUACGGGAGGAAUUUCUGAAGAUGGGAUCAAUGCACUGCUUCCUCACAAGACAUUCACCGGAGGACGCCCCAGCAACUCGUUGCUGGUCAAUGCUCUAACCCCACGUGCGCUGGGUGCUAUCAUUGCAAUGUACGAGCACAAGGUCCUUGUGCAGGGGGCCAUUUGGGGAGUGAACAGCUUCGACCAAUGGGGUGUCGAGCUUGGAAAGGUGCUUGCCAAAUCCAUUCUUCCUCAACUGAAUCCCGGAGCCAAGGUAAGCAAUCACGAUGCAUCUACGAAUGGUCUUAUCAACUUGUUCAAUCAGCAUUCACACCUUUAA